AUCGAAGGCAGGAACGUCGUGUAGACGGAGUACAUCGCGGUGGUGUACACCUUUGGCUAGAAUGAGAAGUUUUCUUCGGCAUAUUUGUUAAAGGACAGCCGCCGAUGCUGGCAUAGUGAAUGUAUAUUUCCGCUUUAAGCUUGGAAUUAUUCGUGCCGCCUCGUCUUACGGGCCCUGUUUACUUCUUUAUUUUGUUUCUAGGAUGUCUCGGCAUGAAGGAGUGAGCUGUGAUUCCUGUAUGAAAGCGAACUUUCGGGGCAAACGUUACAAGUGUCUAAUCUGCUACGACUACGACCUGUGUGGCACGUGUUACGAGGCAGGAGCAACCAACACAAGGCACACUCCAGACCACGCCAUGCAGUGCAUUUUGACACGCUCAGACUUUGACCUAUACUAUGGUGGGGAAGCUGUUUCUGUGGAACAGCCACAGUCAUUUACCUGUCCAAUUUGUGGCAAGAUGGGCUUUACGGAACUUACCCUUCAAGAACAUGUGACAGCUGAGCACACAGACGCCUCAUCAGAAGUGGUGUGUCCUGUCUGCGCUGCAUUGCCUGGAGGGGAGCCAAACCAUGUGACUGAAGAUUUUGCAGCCCACCUGAGCCUAGAACACCGAAGUAACAGAGACUUGGAUGAACCUUCUGGAUCCCGGCAUGUACGUAGGAUUCCUCAUCCAGCUGGCAGGGGCAUGAGCAGUGCUCGAGCUCGGCGCUCUCAAAUGCAGUUCUCUUCCACUGGAGGUCUCUCUGCACUGUCUCCUAGCAACAGAGACUCUAUGGAUCCAAUUGCCGAGCUACUGUCACAGCUGUCAUCAGGUGUGCGCCGCACAGCCACCUUGGCAGCACCCAGCACCACAUCGCAGAUUCAGCAGUUGCAGAUGCAGCUUCAGCUGGAGCGGCAGCAGGCGCAAGCUGCACGCCAGCAGCUGGAGCGCUUGCCUCGUCGUCAGGCACACCUGGCCAGCCCGGCGACUGCAGCUGCCACACUGCACUGCCCACAGACUGCCACCACACCUGCCUCUGCGCCUAGUGGCGAAGCCCCUGCCCCUGCAGCUCACUUUCUGCUCUCCAGGUGUGUAGAGCCAAGCCUUGCAGAGUCUGAACAGCAAGCACUGGAGCUGGAGCGUGCUGAUCGAAGUUUGUUUGCCCAAGAGCUACUGCUGACCACAUUGGCUGAGCGGUUGCAUUGGCCUCCUGGUUGUGCCUGGACGCAGCAGGGCACAUCCAAGCCUGCCGUAGCUACGACACCACCUUGCACUGCUGUGGAGCUGUCUGUUGUGGAGAACCCUGAACGGGCCGCGUCAACUGCGCCUACUGCUGAGCGUGCUCAAUCAGAACGAGCCCAGCCUGACCGGAGCCUAUCACGGGAAGGUCGGCUAUCUCCGUCACGUCGAAAAGUGGUGCGCGUGCUGGACGAGCGGAACAAACUGAAGGAGCCACCGCAUUGAGUGGGCUAUGUGGGGGAGAAGACACCGCUUUUGUUUUACUGCUGCUGGACCCCCCUCCCCUCCUGCUGGAAGACUUUGCCGGCUACCGGUCUCUCACGUUGUGGGGUGGGUCAGCAACCCGGUAUUUAUUCUGCUGCCAGAGUGCAUGGCCUUGUGGAUAUAGCAUAACUAGAUCAAGACGGAUGAAAUAAAAUGUUUGCAACUGAUAA